AUGCUCCGUUUAAUGCUUCUUUUGGCCGUUGUUGGCUCAGCUGCUUCUCAAUGUUCGAGUGAUGGGAAUAGUGUCUGUAUUAAUAUUUACAACAAAUGUCCUUUCACGAUUUGGCCCGGUGUUCAGGGAUCUUUCGUUCCAAAUGGUGGUGGCUUUAAAUUGAAUGGAGGAGAGUCGAAGCAACUCCGUGUCCCGAAUGGAUGGGAAUCAGCACGGAUUUGGGCAAGAACUGGAUGUGAUGGAAAUAUGAAUUGUGAAACGGGAGAUUGUAGGGGAAAUACUGAACAAUGCAAUGGGCGUGGAGGAGUUCCGCCAGUUUCCCUUGCUGAAUUCACCCUCAAUGGAACUGGGGCACAGGAUUACUAUGAUGUCUCUCUUGUUGAUGGCUACAAUAUUCCCGUUCUAAUCAUGCCAAUUGGUGGCACUUUU